AACCGAAGUAGGGUUCAUUAUCCUAUAUUCCCGUCUGUCGACGAUGUCAGCUGACAGGGAAAUCGAGGUCAGUUGACAGGGGAAUCGGCGUCAGUUGACGCAACAAUAGCCGAUCCAAAAGCCGAUUAACGGUUAUUCGUGCACUAUAUCCAAGCUUUGAUGGGGGUUUUCACGAGAGAUUUGCGGGCAAAUCCAAAGGGGUUUCUAAACAGGAUGUUUGAUUGGAGUGGACAAAUUGCGACGGCUUUUUUCUCCUGUUAAAUUUGAGCUUUUUGAGCUGGAUUUCGCCCAGGGAAGAGCAUUUUACCACAAUACAGGUGAUGUAAAAGUGACUUGGAACGUGCAGGAUUCGGUCUACGGAAGCCAUUUUCGGUAAAUGCAGUGUAAACCAUUCUCCUGAUUUGGAACGGUUUUCCGGUUCAAAUUCGGAGCUUUUUGAAGGACGAUUUGGCCCGGGGAAGCGUUUACUAUGUAAAUAAGUCUUGUAACAGGCAUGUGGAGGAGCAUGCAGAGGAGCGUUUACACAGCAGAUCUUGAGCUCCUGAACAACAGAAGUUAUUAUUUUGUUCUCAACUUGUAGGCUGGAUGUUCUAGAUUUUGUGCAUCAGGUUGGCAUUUGCUACUGCCAAUAUACUAUGACUAAGUAAUUAGUAUGAGCGCCAAAUUUUGGCCAUUGUAAAGAAAAUAAUUUCUUAGUAUCAGCAAUAUCAAGAGUUUUUAAAUCUUGGCUAGAAUCUAUAAAAAUGUUUGAAGGGCAAGGCGCUUGCUUUCUGGAGAUUUUUCCUGCUUCCUCUCAUUUGGAACACCAGUGGCAGCAGAAUCAAUGGUAUUUUAUAUCGUACUUGCUAGAGUUGAAGAAACUUGGUUUGCAAUUGAAUUUUGAAGAAGAAAAUACUGAUGGUCAGGAAAUGCUAUUGAGGGACAGCCAAAAAGCAGCAAUGCUUGAUAUAUGGAAAGGAGUUCAGAUUGUUGAGAUGAAGGGCCCUGAUUUGAUCCCAAUGGAUAUGGCAGAUUGCCCUGGAGAGCAAAAAGAUGCAGAUGGGAAUCAAGAGGGGUCAGAUGAUUCUCUUUUGCCUGGUCUUCAAGAUGACAUAGCUAUGCAGUGUCUAGCAUGGACCUCAAGAUCAGAUUAUGGCUCCCUUUCUUCAUUAAACAGUCGCUUCAAUUCAUUAGUUCACAGUGGCUACCUGUACCGCCUGAGAAGACAGCUUGGGAUUAUUGAACAUUGGAUAUAUUUGGCAUGCAAUUUGGUUGGAUGGGAGGCUUAUGAUCCUAAGCGGCGCCGAUGGAUGAGACUACCUAGGAUGCCAUCAGAUGAUUGCUUCAACUAUGCAGAUAAGGAAUCCUUAGCUGUGGGAACAGAGUUGCUUGUAUUUGGGAAAGAAAUAUCUGGAUUUGCAAUAUGGAGGUAUAGUAUCUUGACACACAUCUGGUCCAGGGGAUCUCCAAUGGCUUCUCCUCGCUGUCUCUUUGGUUCAAGCAGCAAUGGGGAAGUUGCAAUUGUAGCAGGAGGUUGUGACAAAAAUGGAGUUGUCCUCAAAUCUGCUGAACUUUACAAUUCAGAACUGGGUAUCUGGGAAACUUUACCAGAAAUGCAUUCACCCCGGAAAUUGUGUUCUGGAUUUUUCAUGGAUGGUAAGUUCUAUGUAAUAGGGGGGAUGAUAAAUAAUAAGGAUUCCCUUACUUGUGGAGAAGAAUUCAAUCUUCAAACUAGAACAUGGAGGAGGAUUCCAAAUAUGUUUCCUGCUGGCAAUCGGGCUGCCCAUGCACCUCCUUUGGUUGCUGUUGUGAAAAACGAACUGUAUGCAGUAGAGCACUCCCGAAAUGAAGUAAAAAAAUAUAGCAAGCAAAGCAAUUCAUGGCAUGUCCUAGGAAGAUUGCCUUUAAGGGCAGACACUGCAAAUGGUUGGGGGCUGGCAUUCAGGGCCUGUGGGGAUGAGCUUGUAGUAAUUGGAGGGCAGAGGGGACCUGAAGGUGAAUUAAUUGUUUUGAGUUCAUGGCAACCUAGCUCUGAUGAAAGACAACCAGAGUGGACCACACUUGAACAGAAGGAGCAUGCGGGAGUCUUUGUGUAUAAUUGUGCAGUAAUGGGCUGUUAGUUCAUGGUUUCAUUCCAACUAUAAGCUACUUUUUAAUCUCUAAAUGAAAUUAUAUGAAUGGAUUCUGUCAGGUGCAUGGUUGAUAUUUACUAAAAUCCUUGCAUCGGAGAGCAUAUUAUUGUCAGCCAAAUGGGCAGACAAGAAUUGUAGAGAAAUGAAUUAACUGUGUGUGUGUGCACAUGUCAAUAUUAUUUUUACAAUUUAUUUUGUGAGGUUUAUCUGAUUUA